AUGGAAAGAAUCUCCAAUAGUAGCAGAGUUAUUGAAAUUGUGUUACAUGGAUUUCCAAACCUUCAGCGCUUCCAUGUUCUUCUUUUUGCCCUCCUUCUUAUCAUCUACUUGUUCAUUAUUUCUGGCAAUGCCAUAAUACUGCUCGUGAUCUGCAGAGAGUCCGCCCUACACUCCCCCAUGUACUUCUUUAUCGCGGCUUUAUCUUGUUUGGAAAUUUGCUAUACAGCCGUCACAAUUCCAAAAAUGUUGGCUGAUCUCUUGGAAGAUGAGAAGAAGAUUUCUUUCCAUGGAUGCCUUGUGCAGGCCUAUUUCCUUCAUGCUCUUGGAGCAGCAGAGUGCUAUAUCCUCACAGUUAUGGCGUAUGACCGAUAUUUGGCCAUCUGUAAGCCAUUAAGAUACUCCUCUAUUAUGACUACUGAGCUAUAUGUCAAAUUAGUUGCCACCUGUUUCAUUGUAGGAAUUCUAAGCCCAGUCAUUGAAACCAUCUUAAUUUCUCUCCUUCCAUUUUGUGGUUUAAACCUUAUUGAGAAUGUAUUCUGUGACUUCCCCCCAUUAAUCUCUUUAGCAUGCACCGAUACUCAGUUAUAUAUAAUGGUUGAAUUCAUCAUCAGCUCCUUUAUUAUCCUCCUGACUUCGGCUUUCAUUCUUUUCUCUUACGCCAGGAUAAUAUACAUUGUCUUAAAGGUUAAGUCCAAAGAUGGACGGCAGAAAGCCUUCUCUACCUGCGGAGCACAUCUUAUUGUUGUUACUAUGUAUUUCAGCAGCAUUGGUUUUAUGUAUAUACGUGUUACAAAAAGUUACUCUGUAGAAUAUGACAGGGCUGUGGGUCUCACCUAUGCGGUCUUUACACCACUAGCUAACCCCAUCAUCUAUGGGCUGAGAAAUCAGGAAAUUAAAAAAUUCCUUCAUAAAUAUUUACUGAUUGAACAUUUUUUAUGUUUGCAUAUGGCAUAG